AUGCCCAAGUUCCCGAACUCCCACUUCUACGGCGGAAAGACCACCUUUGGCGGAGCAAACUUGCGCAAAAAUAUCCGUCGCCUUCAGACCACGCCGUACUCAGCGCUGAGCAAUGUGCGCUCUAUUGAAGCCAAGCCAGCCACCGUCAAUGGGAAGUUGUCUUCGGCGGCCCUAAAUGGGGACUCUCACCUGAGCUCACGCACCAAACGGGUGCUGGAAUGCCUUGAAUUGACGGCACUGCCAGUUAGCAAUUGUAAACGUCAACGACGCUUUGAGUCGUAUAUUCCACCUCCAACGACGACAACCACAACAAAAGAGCUUCUGAAUUUUCGAGAAAAAGACAAAAUAGAAAACGUCAAUAUCAGCAGUAAAGUGCCUCCUAAGUUUCCUAUUAUUAUUCACGAGAAGCCUCCAGUGAUGUUCGAAGUUAAGUCAAAGUUUGAAGAAUUUAAACAAAAAAGACUUGCUGAAAAAUUAUCCAAAUGGACUUGUCCGAUUUGUUCAGUCGACAAUGAUUUGGCGGAUGAUAACUGUUCUGCAUGUGAAGAGCCAAAUCCAAAGAAAAAGAAAAGGCAACUUUCACCAGAGCCUCCUUCAAAAUCCAUAUCUCAGCCAUCGGCUUUGUUUUCGUUUGGAACGCCACCAGUUGUUUCAGCUUCUUUUUCAAAGAACACCACCCCUCCAGAAUUUACCUUUAGUCAUCCAUUAUCAACAAAAACAGCAACUGCGACACCAGAAACUAAAGAACUUCCAAAGUCGCCGGAGAAAACUGAAACUGCAAAUGUGAUUGUCAACAAAAGUAGCUUGCCUACCACUCCACCAAGUGUAAAUCAUGAAGUGGUACUGCCAAAUGUACCAACAGUGGCGACAAAAGAUGUGUCAACAUUCGAAGAAUUCAAACAAAAAAGACUUGCUGAAAAAUCAUCUAAAUGGACUUGUCCCAUUUGUUCAGUAGACAAUGACUUGACUGACGAUAACUGUUCAGCUUGUGAAGAGCCAAAUCCGAAGAAAGUUAAAAAGCCAGCCUCACCAGUGCUCCCUUCAAAAGCUGUGUCUCCGCCAUCGUCUCUGUUUUCAUUUGGAACGCCACCAGUUGUUUCAGCUGCUUUUUCAAACAACACUACUCCUUCUAAAUUUGCCUUCAGUCCUCCUUUAUCAUCAUCAUCAUCAACGGCAACAACAACAAAUGCGACACCAGAAAUUAAAGAGCUUCCAAAGUUGCCUGAAAAAACUGAAACUCCAAAGCGUGAGCAAAGCAACGCCAUCAGCGUCCUGGAGACUGCUACUAUUGUCAACAAAAGUAGCUUGCCUACCACUCCACCAAGUGUAAAUCAUGAUGUGGUACUGUCCAGUGUACCUCCAGCGACGACAAAAGAUGUGUCAACAUUUGAAGAAUUCAAGCAAAAAAGACUUGCUGAAAAAUCCUCCAAAUGGACUUGUCCCAUUUGUUCUGUCGACAAUGAUCAAGCCGAUGAUAACUGUUCGGCCUGUGAAGAGCCAAAUCCAAAGAAACAGAAAGAGCUUUCAACAGCUCCUGUUUCUAAGCCGUUUUCAAGUGCACCCUUCGGACUUGAUAUCAACUUUAGUUCUCCUGUCACUUUGCCGAAAAUUGAUGUCGGUCCACCAGUGCAGAUCAACAAUAAGCUGAGCAUCAACUUUAGCCAACCCUCCACCACUACUUCUGCUACUGUAAACAACGGUUUUAACUUUAGUCAAACCCUGCCGACUUUUGGAAAGCCUGCUUCUACUCCAUCAUUUGGGGCGGUCACACAACCAGCAGCGGUGACACAGCCCGCAGCGCUUCCUUCCGUUCAGCCAUCACUCUUCACUUUUGGUCAAUCUUCAAACAAAGCUACCGGUGCUGCUGCUGCUGCUACUACUGCCGCUUCCGGUAGUUCUGGCUUUAACUUUGGCCAAGCGGCUGUAGCUCCCGUUGGACUGUCGGCGGCUGCUCCCUCAUUCGGCAGUCUUUUUGGAACGUCCAGCACUAAACCACCAGCGGCUGCACCACCAGCGGCUGCACCACCUGUGAUUCCUGCCUUUGGUUCAACGUCAGCUUUUCCGCCAGUUACUGCGCCACAGGCUAAUUCCGGUUACAAGUUUAGCGCAGAGCCAAAAGUUAACUUUUCUGCAUUCUCUACGCCAGCACCAGCUCUUGUUGGAAAUGCAGGGAACAUGUUUGCGUUUAAUCAAACACUGCCCACAUUAGGUCAACCGGCUUCAACGCCUUCGUUUGGAACCACCACACAACCACCAACUCUUCCUUCCGCUCAGCCAACACCAUUCAAGUUUGGUCAGUCAUCGAACAGUUCUGUUGCCUCUAGCAACACUGGCUUCAACUUUAGUCAAACCCUGCCGUCUUUUGGACAGCCUGCUUCUACUCCAUCCUUUGGGGCGGUCACACAGCCAGCAGCGCUUCCUUCAGUUCAACCCUCACUCUUCACCUUUGGUCAGUCUUCGAACAAUGCUACCGGUGCUGCUGCUCCUGCCGCCAAUUCUGGCUUUAACUUUGGCCAGGCUGCUGUAGCGCCCGUUGGACAGUCUGCAGCUGCUCCACCAUUCGGCGGUCUUUUCGGAGCUUCCAGCACUCAACCACCAGCGGUAGCACCACCUGUGAUCCCUGCUUUUGGCUCAACGGCAGCUUUUCCACCAGUUGCUGCGCCACAAGCUAAUUCUGGUUUCAAGUUUGGCACGGAGCCAAACUUGAACUUUUCAGCAUUCUCUGCACCAGCACCAGCUCCUCUCGAUGGCAAUGCGGGGAACAUGUUUGCAUUUAAUGCGUCAGAUCAGAACACAAUGCCACUCAAUCGACAAAUUAAAAAGGCGAAACGGCGACUAAGAUGA